AUGCUUUCCAGUCGAGCAAUUCUUCGCGUUGCGCGGGCCUCAGCUCCCCAGCGGGUCGCUGCCAGCCAGAUCCGUUUCUAUUCCGCCCUCGAUGGCACAUAUGCCAACGCGCUGUACACAGCAGCCGUCAAGAACUCCACCCUCGACAGCACGGCAAAGGCCAUCGCAGCCAUCCACGAGGUCUACCGCAAGGAUGCUAAGCUGGCCACCAUCAUGCAGGCGCCGACCCUCAGCGCCGAGGACAAGUCUUCCAUCAUCGCCGAGCUGCAGAAGCACACCGGAGUUGCGGACAAGGGCGACACGGUCAAGAACUUCCUGGACACUCUGGCGUUCUACAACAGGCUGGGGCUUUUGAAGGGCGUCUGCGAGAAGUUCGGGGAGCUGAUGAGCGCGGCGAAGGGAGAGGUGGAGUUGACUGUUAUCAGCGCUGUGCAACUGGACAACAAGAUCCUGUCCAGACUGGAAUCCGCCGUUUCCAAGUCUCAGUAUGUUGGUGCCGGAAAGAAGCUCAAGGUUACAAACAAGGUCGACCCCGAUAUUCUUGGGGGACUCGUUGUAGAAAUUGGAGACAGAACAAUCGAUCUCAGCGUCUCGGCCAGAAUUGCGAAGAUGAACAAGCUUCUCACCGACACCUUGUAA